UCUCUCAUUGGCUGCAGAAGUGGACGUCAGCACCUUUCACUACUCCAGUGUUACCCCUCUAACCUCUGGCUGUAAAGGAGAAACAAGUGUUAAAGUAGCUCUGAGGAGAGUAAACUAACCUCCAGCAUCCACACGGCAUAAAAGAGGAGUAAAAAAGGACGCCUUUAUUACAGACACCUUUAUUACAAGUCAAUCCUCGGAUGCGCGUUUUCUCCCUUGAGUAAAGGAUUUUAUGUUUGGUUCUGAAAUGGCAGUCUGGUUCGAGUUUACCGCGCACAUGCUUUUUCUAACGCUAGGUUGURGUCUCGGAGCUUUGGAGGGUCGGACCUCGAGCAGAACCCCAUGGGGCUUGCAGGGACAGGGCAGCGAUGGAACCGAUUCUCCGUUUGACCGAGACAGAGCUAAUCAGGAUGUGGUCUCACAGCACAUGUACAGGCUGUAUGAGAAGUACAACAGAGAUCUGAAACGACUCAGAGAGGGAAACACUGUCAGGAGUUUCAGAGCCAGCCAAGACUCGUCUGACCAGAGGACGUUUUACCAUCUGAACCUGACGUCUCUCCAGGACUCGGAGCGCAUCCUCUCUGCCACGUUUCACUUCUUGUUCGACCGGUGCCCACGGCCAAGGGCCUGGUUCAGCAAACGCUACAAAAUCCCGGCCUGUCGCUCUCUCCACCUCCACCCUGCUCCCUCCAUCCACCUCUUCCUUCACUCCAGCCCCUCUGGGUCAGGGUUCAAUCCAAGGUCGCAGGUGUCAUUGCUAGGCAACGUGACAUUUCACCCUAACCAGAGAGGGUUGUGGCAGACGCAGGACGUGACUGUGGCGAUAAAGGAGGCCAGGGAAAAAGGCAGCCAUUUGGUGUCGGUGGAGCUGGACUUUGGGCUGCAGUACCACAGACAGCCAGAGGACACGCUGUCGGGGGCCAGUCUACCUUAUUUGUUGAUGUACGCAGACGACCAUGCGCUAGAUGAGCCCAACAGUGUGGCACAGACUUUACAGAGGUAUGGCCCUGAGGCUGAGGUGAAGGAAAAUACUUCUCGCCCUUCUCUUCUUCCCCCUAAGCAGGGGUCAAAGGGUCGUGUGAGAAGGGGGGUGCCAUCCCGCCCAGACUCCAUCCAGAACAACGAGCUACCAGAGGUGGAGUACAGGCCUAGCGGAUCCAGGAAAGAGUACCUGUUUGAAACCGCCUACCGCACCCUGAAACCUAUCAAUCCCAAGCCUGGGAGGAAGGAUAGGACGAGGAACGGCCAGGGCYGAGAGGAAGAAGUCAAAGAUGGAGAGAGGGAUAGAGGGAGUCAAUCGCCAGUUCUGAGCUUGGACGAGAGGACCCCAACGACGAGCAGCGAUGGCGGGAGUAGGUUGCAAGACAACAGUGAGGGAAGGAGUGAUGGAAGAAACGAUAGAGGGAAAGCAGGAGGAAGUAAGUCUCCAAUGCUGAGUUUUGAUGAGUGGACAAUGCGUAAGGCGAAGAAGAGACAGCGGGGAUCGGAGGCCCAGAUUAGGAGCUGCUCUAGGAGGACACUCAGGGUGGACUUUGCCGACAUCGGCUGGAGUGAGUGGGUCCUGGCGCCUAAAGCCUUCGAUGCCUACUACUGCGCUGGAGCCUGUGGAUUCCCCAUGCCCAAGGUGCUGCAUCCCUCUAACCAUGCAACCAUCCAGAGUAUAGUUCGUGCGGUUGGGAUAGUUCCAGGGGUCCCAGAGCCCUGCUGUGUCCCAGAGAAGAUGAGCCCUCUGGUGGUUCUCUACCAGGACGAGGGAGUGAACCUGGUGCUCAAGGUCUACCCCAGCAUGUCGGUGGAGAGCUGUGCCUGCAGAUAGACCCAGAGGACAGAGGGGAACAAUGUUAGACAAAACAGGAUGGAAUGGCAGGAAUUUAAAAGGACAAAAAAAGGGAAGUUAAAAAAAAGACAGAGAUAUAUUCAUAAAAGGACAGAUGAGUUGAGGUGUCUGUCCGUCUCUUCGUCCCUUGUAUCCCUCAGGCAUUUGACAUGGAGAUGGUUGAACGCGACGAAGCGUUGGAGAAGCACAUUAUCUGUUGUUGCAGCYCCAGUCAUGUCCUCCAGUAGCAGUAGACACACACCACCACAAUAUUCUCCACAUCUACCAUACCCUCGACAAAGCAGCAUCACCACUUCAAGGACUACAGYUACUGAGAGAGCUCUCUCCCUCCAAACAACUUUAAUUAAAAUCGUUACGUUCAAAASCAGGGCUGCUUGACUGGCGCUGUGUUUAGUUUUAGUUUUUUAGGCACUGAUCAUGCUUACUUUAAUAUAUCCAUUUCAGACAGAAGAUGUGGCAUGUUACCUGUAAAAAGAAAUACACUGAGUGUACAAAACACCUUCCUAAUACUGAGUAGCCCAACCCCUCCUCUCUUUCCAUCAGAACAGCC